GUGCAAAUAUGAAAUGUGUCUUUCGAGCGACAUCUUGCCGAUGUGUGUUUCUCUGGAGGCUUAUUCAAGGAAGUGUGCCGAACACGGUCAGAUAAUUAACUGGAGGCAGAACAGGACUUUAAUAAAUAUGUGUGGCUAUGGAUGUGAACCAGAUUCUGGGCUUCAAUAUUUAGAAUGCGCAAGUUCUUGUAAUGGAAAUUGUCGGGAUAAAGAAUUGCAGAAUCCGUCUUGUGAAGAAGAAUGUGUUCCUGGAUGCGCUUGUCCACCAGAUUCAAAUACUGUCUUGAACAACAAUAUGAAAUGUGUCGGCACUGACAAAUGUCCAUGCUAUGACAAACUGAAUGGAAAUAAAAUCUAUGAAGCUGGCUCUAUUAUGAGGCGGAAAUGCACUAAUUGCACCUGUUCAAUGGGAUCCUGGAAUUGUGGCUCAGAAUGCAAAGAAGAGAUCAUCUGCCCCAAGAAUCAGAAAUGGUUGACCGAUGUCAGCAAAUGCCAGUUGACUUGUCUUAACAUUGAUGAGGAUAACCUCUGCCCAAAACAUGCUCUGUUCGAAGGAUGCGGAUGCGAUCCAGGAAUGGUGUUGUCACCAGACGGAACCUGUAUCGCACCAAACCAGUGUCCUUGCUCUUAUAAAGGAAAAUGGUAUAAGCAAAAGGAAAUAAUUAAAAUCGGUUGCACGGAGCUAAAAUGCUAUGAUCGAACUUGGAUAAAAGAAAGAGAAAUUGGUUGUUCGGCCACCUGUUGGGCAUCAGGAGAUCCUCAUUACACUACGUUUGAUGGUAAACACUUCACCUUUAUGGGUUCCUGCGACUAUGUUUUGUCCAAGUCGAAAGACGACACUUUCAUUAUAUCAGCGGAGAACAUCAAGUGUGGGACGUCAGGGGUGACGUGUACGAAGUCUGUGAACAUCAAAAUCUGGAAAACCAAGAUCCAUUUAAUCCAUGGAGGCAACGUGAGUGUGAAUGAUGUUCCGUUGGAGGACAAUGAGUACGACGGUGUCGACAUCAGCAUCUACCCGGCUGGGAUGUUCCUCCAUAUUGCGACGCGGUUCGGUCUGAUCAUUCAGUGGGAUUUCGGGACCAGGGUUUAUCUCCAUUUGAACAAAACAUGGAGAAAUGAAGUGGAAGGACUUUGUGGUAACUACAACGGAGACACGGAAGAUGACUUUGCUUCCCCCGACGGGAUGCUGCUCUCCAAAGCUUCUUCGUUUGGUCAUAGCUGGAGAAUAAAUGACUGCCCCAAAAUUAACCAAGACAAACCCGCAGAUAAAUUCUCCCCAUGUGAGGGCAAUAAACGGCGUUUCUGGGCAGAAGAGUCCUGUUCCAUUAUAAUGGGACCACUUUUCAAAGCAUGCAGAGAAACAAUAUCAGAAGACAAAGCUAGAAUAUACCACAAGGACUGUAUGGACGAUGCUUGUGGCUGUGACAGCGGAGGCGAUUGUGAGUGUCUCUGUACAGCCAUUGCAAAUUUUGUGGAAGAAUGCAACAAAAAUGGUCACCAUGUUAAAUGGAGACACCAACAUUUGUGUCCUAUACAGUGUGAAAAUGGCUUCAAAUACGUUUCUUGUGGUCCUCCUUGCCAAGCAACAUGUCGUAACAUUGGAGACGAACCUGAAAAGUUUUGUGAGUCAACACAUUGUAUUGAGGGUUGCUUCUGUCCAGCAGGCUACGUCCAAGAAGGUAAAUCCUGCAUCCCCGCAUCUGAGUGUAAAUGUUACGAUAAUGGCAAGUACUACCCACCUGGAGCAAAAGUCACAUCGGAAUGUAAAAAUUGUACUUGUUCCAACGGGAAAUUCCAAUGCCUCGUCUCCAAUUGUUCAGCAACGUGCAAAGCAAACGAGACAAAGUGUCAAAAUGGCGACUGUAUUGAUUCCAAGUACAAAUGCGAUGGUCGCAUGGAUUGCAGAGACGGUUCGGAUGAACACAACUGCACGUACCAGUGUAAGGGCAACGAAUUUGUCUGCGGAAGUGGCAAAUGUAUCUCUAAUGAAUUCGUCUGCGAUGGGAUGUUUGAUUGUCUGGACCAAACUGAUGAAAUGGAUUGUCAAAUCAAGUGCAGCGGAAAUGAAUUUGCUUGCGAUAGUGGCCGCUGUAUUCCUGCAAAAUUUUCCUGUGACGGAGAAUUCGAUUGUGGCCCAGGAGACAGGUCUGAUGAAUCCAACUGCGUCGUGAUCAAAUGUAAAAAUCCCAGACAUUUCCGAUGUGGCUCAGGGAAAUGCUUGCCGUUACCUGUUCGAUGUGAUGGCCACGAUGACUGUGGGGAUGGAUCUGAUGAAAUUGACUGCAAUUGCACGUGUUCGGAUAAAGAGUUCACCUGUAAAUCUUGUGAUUGCAUACCUGCACAGAAGUUGUGCGAUGGCGUCCCUGACUGCCCUCAUGAGGAUGAUGAAUUGUGCCGCUGCAACCCUGGAGAGUUCACCUGUUCCAAUGGGGAAUGCAUUGACAACGCGAAGAUAUGCGAUGGGGAACCAGACUGCAACGACACUCUCGAUGAACAGAUUUGUCUAAUAAACAAGACUACACCUUAUCCUUCUGAAUACACUUCGCCCAGAGAAGUAGAAGGAACCACUCUAAUGCCUUUCAUAACAGAACUAUUGAUGACAGAACAGCCAACAGAAUUCCUUCAAACAACAGAAAUAACAACAAAAAUACCGACGAUUGUGGGAACAACACCAAUUACAUCACCGAUACCAGUUAUAUCAACAACGAUACCAGUUAUAUCAACGGUUAUGUCGACGACAGAAGGGAAGGCUUGUGUUGACACCAAUGGUCUGUCAAGCACAACUUAUAUCAAAGACGAAUGGAUACAAACCACGGACAACACCGUCCCAGGAUACCGUUUAAGACCCCUUGGUGCACAGGGGAGACAUGGAGAGGAAGUGUUUGAGAGUUCAGCUCCACUUGUUGUGAUUACUGUCCAACUGAGUGAGAACUACGAUGUGCCUUUGGGCAGUUUACAGCUAAUUGUUCACAAAAAUAUUAAAAGCUUUAUGAUAAUGUUCCGCAAAGUAGAAGCCGAUCAUUAUAAGCCGUUUGGAAAGCAAUUCUCUGCUAAUGAUUCUGUACAUUUCCCAACUGGUUUCCAAGCCCAUCGCAUACAAAUAUUUAUAACUGAUAGAUUUGACGUUGGUAAAAGUGUGACAAUCUUACUGGAUAUCCAUGGCUGUUUCGAACCAGUGUUUCAACUUCCACCAACAGGAAUGACACCAACAGGAAUGACACCAAUAACAACAACACCAUCAACAACACCAACAACAACAACAAUACCAGUUACAUUAACAGCAACACCAAUUGCAUCAAUGAUACCAGUUAUAUCAACGGUUAUGCCGACGACAAAAGAGAAGGCUUGUGUUGACAUCAACGGUCUGUCAAGCACAACUUAUAUCAAAGACGAGUGGAUACAAACCACGGACAACACCGUCCCAGGAUACCGUCUAAGACCCCUUGGUGCACAGGGGAGACAUGGAGAGGAAGUGUUUGAGAGUUCAGCUCCACUUGUUGUGAUUACUGUCCAACUGAGUGAGAACUACGAUGUGUCUUUGGGCAGUUUACAGCUAAUUGUUCACAAAAAUAUCAAAAGCUUUAGGAUAAUGUUCCGCAAAGUAGAAGCUGAUCAUUAUAUGCCAUUUGGAAAGCAAUUCUCUGCUACCGAUUCUGUACAUUUCCCAACUGGUUUCCAAGCCCAUCGCAUACAAAUAUUUAUAACUGAUAGAUUUGACGUUGGUAAAAGUGUGACAAUCUUAUUGGAUAUCCAUGGCUGUUUCGAACCAGUGUUUCAACCGCCACAAACUACUCCAACACCAACAGGAAUGACACCAAUAACAACAACAACAAUAACAACAACACCACCAACAACAACAAUACCAGUUACAUUAACAGCAACACCAAUUGCAUCAACCAUACCAGUUAUAUCAACAACAGGGCAAACUGCUCCAACAGGGACACCAAUUGCAUCAACAACAGAAGGGAAGGCUUGUGUUGACACCAAUGGUCUGUCAAGCACAACUUAUAUCAAAGACGAUUGGAUACAAACCACGGACAACACCGUCCCAGGAUACCGUCUAAGACCCCUUGGUGCACAGGGGAGACAUGGAGAGGAAGUGUUUGAGAGUUCAGCUCUACUUGUUGUGAUUACUGUCCAACUGAGUGAGAAUUAUGACGUGUCUUUGGGCAGUUUACAGCUAAUUGUUCACAAGAAUAUUAAAAGCUUUGUGAUAACGUACAGCAAAGUAGAAGCCGAUCAUUAUAUGCCAUUUGGAAAGCAAUUCUCUGCUACCGAUUCUGUACAUUUCCCAACUGGUUUCCAAGCCCAUCGCAUACAAAUAUUUAUAACUGAUAGAUUUGACGUUGGUAAAAGUGUGACAAUCUUACUGGAUAUCCAUGGCUGUUUCGAACCAGUGUUUCAACUUCCACCAACAGGAAUGACACCAACAGGAAUGACACCAAUAACAACAACAACAACAACAAUAACAACAACACCAUCAUCAACAACAACAAUAACAACAACACCACCAACAACAACAAUACCAGUUACAUUAACAGCAGCACCAAUUGCCUCAACGAUACCAGUUAUAUCAACAACAGGGCAAACUGCUCCAACAGGGACACCGGUUUUGCCGACGACAAAAGAGAAGGCUUGUGUUGACACCAACGGUCUGUCAAGCACAACUUAUAUCAAAGACGAAUGGAUACAAACCACGGACAACACCGUCCCAGGAUACCGUUUAAGACCCCUUGGUGCACAGGGGAGACAUGGAGAGGAAGUGUUCGAGAGUUCAGCUCCACUUGUUGUGAUUACUGUCCAACUGAGUGAGAACUACGAUGUGUCUUUGGGCAGUUUACAGCUAAUUGUUCACAAAAAUAUUAAAAGCUUUAUGAUAACGUACAGCAAAGUAGAAGCCGACCAUUAUAAGCCGUUUGGAAAGCAAUUCUCUGCUACCGAUUCUGUUCAUUUCCCAUCUGGUUUCCAAGCCCAUCGCAUACAAAUAUACAUAACCAAUAGACUUGAUGCUAGUAAAAGUGUGAAACUUUUAUUGGAUAUCCGUGGCUGCUUCGAGCCAUUGUUUCGGUUUACAUCUUCCAGGGCUUUCACUACAAGAGAACUGACCACUCCAGCAAAAGGACAAACAUAUGAAGUCUUUAUACCCACUUCUGAGUUUCCAGCUAAAGGCCACCCGUCUACAGUAUCUCUGCCUACUGUAGCAUCAACGACCGAAGAACUGACCACUCCAACAACAGGUCAUUCAUCUACCAUGUCUACAUCAUCUUCUGGAUCAACAACUGAAGUGAACACCUUAUCUUCUGGACACACAUCUACAGUAUCUGCAAUAUCUUCUGGAUCAACAACUGAAGUGACCACUCCAUCUUCUGGACACACAUCUACUGUGUCUGCAAUAUCUUCUGGGUCUUCAACUACAACUGAAGUGACCACUCCAUCUAUAGGACACACAUCUACAGUAUCUGUACCAUCUUCUGGAUCAACAACUGAAGUGACCACUCCAUCUACUGGACACACAUCUACAGUAUAUGCACCAUCUUCUGGGUCUUCAACUACAACUGAAGUGACCACUCCAUCUAAAGGACACACAUCUACAGUAUCUGUACCAUCUUCUGGAUCAACAACUGAAGUGACCACUCCAUCUACUGGACAUUCAUCUACAGUAUCUGUACCAUCUUCUGGAUCAUCAACUGAAGUGACCACUCCAUCUACUGGCCAUUCAUCUACAGUAUCUGUACCAUCUUCUGGAUCAUCAACUGAAGUGACCACUCCAUCUACUGGACAUUCAUCUACAGUAUCUGUAUCAUCUUCUGGAUCAUCAACUGAAGUGACCACUCCAUCUACUGGACAUUCAUCUACUGUGUCUGCAAUAUCUUCUGGAUCAUCAACUGAAGUGACCACUCCUUCUACUGGACAUUCAUCUACAGUAUCUGUACCAUCUUCUGGAUCAUCAACUGAAGUGACCACUCCAUCUACUGGACAUUCAUCUACAGUAUCUGUAUCAUCUUCUGGAUCAUCAACUGAAGUGACCACUCCAUCUACUGGACAUUCAUCUACUGUGUCUGCAAUAUCUUCUGGAUCAUCAACUGAAGUGACCACUCCUUCUACUGGACAUUCAUCUACAGUAUCUGUACCAUCUUCUGGAUCAUCAACUGAAGUGACCACUCCAUCUACUGGACAUUCAUCUACAGUAUCUGUACCAUCUUCUGGAUCAUCAACUGAAGUGACCAGUCAAUCUUCUGGACAUUCAUCUACAGUAUCUGUACCAUCUUCUGGAUCAUCAACUGAAGUGACCACUCCAUCUAAAGGACAUACAUCUACUGUGUCUGCAAUAUCUUCUGGAUCAUCAACUGAAGUGACCUCUCCAUCUUCUGGACACACAUCUACAGUAUCCGUACCAUCUUCAGGAUCAUCAACUGAAGUGACCACUCCAUCUUCUGGACACACAUCUACAGUAUCUGUACCAUCUUCUGGAUCAACAACUGAAGUGACCACUCAAUCUAAAGGACAUACAUCUACUGUGUCUGCAAUAUCUUCUGGAUCAACAACUGAAGUGACCACUCCAUCUUCUGGACAUGCAUCUACUGUGUCUGCAAUAUCUUCUGGGUCUCCAACUACAACUGAAGUGACCACUCCAGCUAAAGGACAAACCUCUGCAAUUUAUAUACCCACUGCUACGACUACAAUUAGUGCAGAGCAGACCACAGCAUCUGAAGGACAAACUUCCAGAGUUCCUGUGUCUGGUCUUGUUGUAACUCCAACUGAAAAUUUGGAACAGUCCACUCCAGGUAAAGGCCAAACAUCUACAGCAUCUGUACCAUCUUCUGGAUCAACAAUGAAAGGGGAAGUGACCACUCCAGGAAGUGGACAUCCAUCUACCAUGUCGGUACUAUCUUCUGGAUCAACAAUGAAAGGUGAAGUGACCACUCCAGGUAGUGGACAUCCAUCUACCAUGUCACCACCAUCUUCUGGAUCAACAAUGAAAGAAGUGACCACUCCAGGUAGUGGACAUACAUCUACCAUGUCGCCACCAUCUUCUGGAUCAACAACUGAAGGCAGAGUGACCACUCCAGGUAGUGGAAAUCCAUCUACCAUGUCGCCACCAUCUUCUGGAUCAACACUGAAAGGUGAAGUGACAACUCCAGGUAGUGGACAUCCAUCUACCAUGUCGCCACCAUCUUCUGGAUCAACUGAAGUGGGAAUGACCACUCCAUCUAAAGGACAAACAUCUACAGUAUCUAUACCAUAUUCUGGAUCAACAAGAAAGGGUGCGAUGACCACUCCAGCUAGUGGACAUCCAUCUACCAUGUCGGUACCAUCUUCCGGCUCAAUAACUGAAGGCGGAGUGACCACUCCCGCAACAGGACAUUCAUCUACUGUGUCUGUACAAUCUCCUGGCUCUACAAGAAAAGGGGAACUGACCACUCCACCUUUAAAGCAUACGUCCACAAUAUCUGCACAAUCUUCAGAAACUACAACUAACAAGGAAUUGAUCACUCCACCUAAAGGAGAGCCAUCUACUGUGUCUGUAACAUCUUCUGGAUCAACAACUACAAGAGAAAUGAGCACUUCAAACGGAGAAACAUCAACAGCAAAAGAGGAACUGACCACUCCAGCUAAAGGACAAACCUCUGCAAUUUAUAUACCCACUUCGAAGACUACAAUUAGUGCAGAGCAGACCACAGCUUCAGAAAGACAGACUUCCAGAGUUCCUGUGUCUGGUCUUGUUGUAACUCCAACUGAAAAUUUGGAACAGUCCACUCUAGGUAAAGGCCAAACCUCAACAGCAUCUGUACCAUCUUCUGGAUCAACAAUGAAAGGCGAAGUGACCACUCCAGCUAGUGGACAUCCAUCUACCAUGUCGCCACCAUCUUCUGGAUCAACAACUGAAGGUAGAGUGACCACUCCAGGUAGUGGACAUCCAUCUAGCAUGUCUCAACCAUCUUCUGGAUCAACAAUAAAAGGUGAAGUGACCACUCCAGGUAGUGGACAUCCAUCUACCAUGUCGCCCCCAUCUUCUGGAUCAACAGUAAAAGGUGAAGUGACCACUCCAGGUAGUGGACAUCCAUCUACCAUGUCGCCCUCAUCUUCUGGAUCAACAAUAAAAGGUGAAGUGACCACUCCAAGUAGUGGACAUCCAUCUUCUGGAUCAACUGAAGUGAGAAUGACCACUCCAUCUAAAGGACAAACAUCUACAGUAUCUAUACCAUAUUCUGGAUCAACAAGAAAGGGUGCGAUGACCACUCCAGCUAGUGGACAUCCAUCUACCAUGUCGGUACCAUCUUCCGGUUCAAUAACUGAAGGCGGAGUGACCACUCCAGCAACUGGACAUUCAUCUACUGUGUCUGUACAAUCUCCUGGCUCUACAAGAAAAGGGGAACUGACCACUCCACCUUUAGAGCAUACGUCCACAAUAUCUGCAAAAUCUUCAGAAACUACAACUAAGAAGGAAAUGGUCACUCCACCUAAAGGAGAGCCAUCUACUGUGUCUGUAACAUCUUCUGGAUCAACAGCUACAAGAGAAAUGAGCACUUCAAACGGAGAAAUAUCAACAGCAAAAGAGGAACUGACCACUCCAGCUAAAGGACAAACCUCUGCAAUUUAUAUACCCACUUCGAAGACUACAAUUAGUGCAGAGCAGACCACAGCAUCUGAAGGACAAACUUCCAGAGUUCCUGUAUCUGGUCUUGUUGUAACACCAACUGAAAAUUUCGAAUUGACCACUCCAGGUAAAGGCCAAACAUCAACAGCAUCUGUACCAUUUUCUGGAUCAACAGAAAAAGGUGAAAUGACCACUCCAGCUAGUGGACAUCCAUCUACCAUGUCGCCACCAUCUUCUGGAUCAACAGAAAAAGGCGAAGUGACCACUCCAGGUAGUGGAAAUCCAUCUACCAUGUCGCCACCAUCUUCUGGAUCAACAAUAAAAGGUGAAGUGACCACUCCAUCUACAGGGUACAAAUCUACAGUAUCUCUUUUGCCUUCAAGUUCUACUCAUGAAGGACUGACCACUCCAUCAGAAGAGCAUGUAUCUACAAUGUCUACACACACGACACUUUCUAGAAUAGAAGAGGGCGAGACCACCCCUCUGCCAGGUGGUUCAUCCACAGUGCCUCAAGGAAUAAAAAGUACGGUAUCUGUACUUCCCAGUGGAUCUACUGCAGUAAAAUCUUCUACACACCCGGCUGAAGGACAUGUAUCUACAUCAAUGCCAUCAUCCUCUGUUUAUCCUUCUGGUGUUACUGAACGCGAGUUAACCGUUCCAGUCAGUGGUAAGACAAGCACUUUGGCAACAGGGCAUAUAUCUACAAGCUUUGCACCUAAUUCUAAGUCCUCAACCGCUAUUACACGAACAAAACCAAGCACACCAGCUAAAGGAUCCACUUCUACAGAAUCUGCACUGAUUUCAGGAUCUCCAACAACAGGAGAAGCAAUCACUUCAGCAAAAGGACAUUUCUCUACAGGAUCUGCAACUUCUUCAAGAGCUACUACAAAAGAGGGACUGACCACUCCUGCAACAGGACAUUCGUCUACAGUGACUGUACAAUCUUCUGGAACUACAAUGAAAAGGGAAUUGACGACUGCAGGUAAAGGGCACUCAUCCACAGUACCAGUUCAAUCUUCAGGAUCAACAAUAAAAGGCGAAUUGACCACUCUAGCAAAAAUAGGCUCAUCUACAUCAAGUGUGUCAUCUGGUUUAACAACAGAAGGUAAACUGACCAAUCAACCUACGGGACAUUUUUCUACAGAAUCUGAAUAUACUUCAGAAUCAACAACAAGAGGGGAACAAAGCAGUCCACCUGCAGGACAGGCAUCUACAACAUAUGUAAUAUCUUCCAGAUCAUCAACUAAAAUGGGACUGACCACUCCAGCUAAAGGUCAAACCUCUGCAAUUUAUAUACCCACCUCGAAGACUACAAUUGCUGCAGAGCAGACCACAGCAUCUGAAGGACAAACUUCCAGAGUUCCUGUGUCUGGUCUUGUUGUAACUCCAACUGAAAAUUUGGAACAGUCCACUCCUGGUAAAGGCCAAACAUCUACAGCAUCUGUACCAUCUUCUGGAUCAACAAAAAAAGGUGAAGUGACCACUCCAGGUAGUGGACAUCCAUCAACCAUGUCUCCACCACCUUCUGGAUCAACUGAAGUUGGAAUGACCACUCCAUCUAAAGGACAAACAUCUACAGUAUCUGUACCAUCUUCUGGAUCAACACGGAAAGGUGAAGUGACCACUCCAGCUAGUGGACAUCCAUCUACCAUGUCGCACCCAUCUUCUGGAUCAACAAUAAAAGGUGAAGUGACCACUCCAGCUAGUGGACAUCCAUCUACCAGGUCACCACCAUCUUCUGGAUCAACAACUGAAGGCGGAAGGACCACCCCAGGUAGUGGACAUCCAACAACCAUGUCGGCACAAUCUCCUGGAUCAACUGAAGUUGGAAUGACCACUCAAUCUAAAGGACAAACAUCUACAGUAUCUAUACCAUCUUCUGGAUCAACAAUAAAAGGUGAAGUGACCACUCCAGCUAGUGGACAUCCAUCUACCAUGUCGCACCCAUCUUCUGGAUCAACAAUAAAAGGUGAAGUGACCACUCUAGCUAGUGGACAUCCAUCUACCAUGUCGCCACCAUCUUCCAGAUCAACAACUGAAGGCAGAGUGACUACUCCAGGUAGUGGACAUCCGUCAACCAUGUCGCCACCAUCAUCUGGAUCAACAAAGAAACUGACCACUCCACCUUUAGAGCAUACGUCAAAAAUAUCUACACAAUCUUCAGAAACUACAACUAAGAAGGAACUGCUCACUCCACCUAAAGGACAGCCAUCUACUGUGUCUGUAACAUCUUCUGGAUCAACAACCACAAGAGAAAUGAGCACUUCAAACGGAGAAACAUCCUCUGCAUCAACGGCAAAACAGGAACUGACCACUCCAGCUAAAGGACAAACCUCUGCAAUUUAUAUACCCACUACAAAGACUACAAUUAGUGCAGAGCAGACCACAGCAUCUGAAGGACAAACAUCCAGAGUUCCUGUGUCUGGUCUUGUUGUAACACCAACUGAAAAUUUGAAACAGUCCACUCCAGGUAAAGGCCAAACAUCAACAGCAUCUAUAACAUCUUCUGGAUCAACAAUGAAAGGUGAAGUGACCACUCCAGGUAGUGGACAUCCAUCUACCAUGUCACCACCAUCUUCUGGAUCAACAACAAAAGGUGAAAUGACCACUCCAGGUAGUGGACAUUCAUCUACCAUGUCGCCACCAUCUUCAGGAUCAACAAUAAAAGGAGAAAUGACCACUCCAGGUAGUGGACAUCCAUCUACCAUGUCACCACCAUCUUCUGGAUCAACAACAAAAGGUGAAAUGACCACUCCAGGUAGUGGACAUCCAUCUACCAUGUCGCCACCAUCUUCUGGAUCAACUGAAGUGGGAAUGACCACUCCAUCUAAAGGACAAACAUCUACAGUAUCUAUACCAUCUUCUGGAUCAACAAGAAAAAGUGCGAUGACCACUCCAGCUAGUGGACAUCCAUCUACCAUGCCGGUACUAUCUUCCGGUUCAAUAACUGAAGGCGGAGUGACCACUCCAGCUAUAGAGCAUACGUCCACAAUAUCUACACAAUCUUCAGAAACUACAACCAAGAAGGAACUAGUCACCCCGCCUAAAGGACAGCCAUCUACUGUGUCUGUAACAUCUUCUGGAUCAACAACUACAAGAGAAAUGAGCACUUCAAACGGAGAAUCAUCAACAGCAAAGGAGGAAAUGACCACUCCAGCUAAAGGACAAACCUCUGCAAUUUAUAUACCCACUUCUAAGUCUACAAUUAGUGCAGAGCAGACCACAGCAUCUGAAGGACAAACUUCCAGAGUUCCUGUAUCUGGUCUUGUUGUAACUCCAACUGAAAAUUUGGAACAGUCCACUCCAGGUAAAGGCCAAACCUCAACUGCAUCUGUACCAUCUUCUGGAUCAACAAUGAAAGGCGAAGUGACCACUCCAGGUAGUGGACAUCCAACGACCAUGUCGCCACCAGCUUCUGGUUCAACUGAAGUUGGAAUGACCACUCCAUCUAAAGGACAAACAUCUACAGUAUCUGUACCAUCAUCUGGAUCAACAAUGAAAGGCGAAGUGACCACUCCAGGCAGUGGACAUCCAUCUACCAUGUCGCCCCCAUCUUCUGGAUCAACAAAAAAAGGUGAAGUGACCACUCCAGGUAGUGGACAUCCAUCUACCAUGUCGCCCCCAUCUUCUGGAUCAACAAUGAAAGGCGAAGUGACCACUCCAGGUAGUGGACAUCCAUCUACCAUGUCGCCCCCAUCUUCUGGAUCAACAAUAAAAGGUGAAGUGACCACUCCAGCUAGUGGACAUCCAUCUACCAUGUCGCCACCAUCUUCUGGAUCAACUAAAAAAGGUGAAAUGACCACUCCAGGUAUAGAGCAUACGCCCACAGUAUCUGCACAAUCUUCAGAAACUACAACUAAGAAGGAACUGGUCACUCCACCUAAAGGAGAGCCAUCUACUGUGUCUGUAACAUCUUCUGGAUCAACAACUACAAGAGAAAUGAGCACUUCAAACGGAGAAGCAUCCUCUGCAUCAACAGCAAAAGAGGAACUGACCACUCCAGCUAAAGGACAAACCUCUGCAAUUUAUAUACCCACUUCGAAGACUACAAUUAGUGCAGAGCAGACCACAGCAUCUGAAGGACAAACUUCCAGAGUCCCUGUGUCUGGUCUUGUAACACCAACCGAAAAUUUGGAACAAUCCACUCCAGGUAAAGGCCAAACCUCAACGGCAUCUGUACCAUCUUCUGGAUCAACAAUGAAAGGCGAAGUGACCACUCCAGGUAGUGGACAUCCAUCUACCAUGUCACCCCCAUCUUCAGGAUCAACAACUGAAGGCAGAUUGACCACUCCAGGUAGUGGAAAUCCAUCUACCAUGUCGCACCCAUCUUCUGGGUCAACAAUAAAAGGUGAAGUGACCACUCCAGGUAGUGGACAUGCAUCUACCAUGUCGCCACCAUCUUCUGGAUCAACAACUGAAGGCAGAUUGACCACUCCAGGUAGUGGACAGCCAUCUACUGCGUCUGUAACAUCUUCUGGAUCAAUAACUACAAGAGAAAUGAGCACUUCAAACGGAGAAACAUCCUCUGCAUCAACGGCAAAACAGGAACUGACCACUCCAGCUAAAGGACAAACCUCUGCAAUUUAUAUACCCACUACAAAGACUACAAUUAGUGCAGAGCAGACCACAGCAUCUGAAGGACAAACUUCCAGAGUCCCUGUGUCUGGUCUUGUUGUAACUCCAACUGAAAAUUUGGAACAGUCCACUCCAGGUAAAGGCCAAACCUCAACAGCAUCUGUACCAUCUUCUGGAUCAACAAUGAAAGGUGAAGUGACCACUCCAGGAAGUGGACAUCCAUCUACCAUGUCCCCACCAUCUUCUGGAUCAACAAUGAAAGGCGAAGUGACCACUCCAGGUAGUGGACAUCCAUCUACCAUGUCACCACCAUCUUCUGGAUCAACAAUAAAAGGUGAAGUGACCACUCCAGGUAGUGAACAUCCAUCUACCAUGUCACCACCAUCUUCUGGAUCAACAAUGAAAGGCGAAGUGACCACUCCAGGUAGUGGACAUCCAUCUACCAUUUCGGUACCAUCUUCUGGAUCAACAAUAAAAGGUGAGGUGAUCACUCCAGGUAGUGGACAUCCAUCUACCAUGUCACUCCCAUCUUCUGGAUCAACAACUGAAGGCAGAUUGACCACUCCAGGUAGUGGACAUCCAUCUACCAUGUCGCCCCCAUCUUCUGGAUCAACAAUAAAAGGUGAAGUGACAACUCCAGGUAGUGGACAUCCAUCUACCAUGUCACCCCCAUCUUCUGGAUCAACAAUGAAAGGUGAAGUGACAACUCCAGGUAGUGGCAAUCCAUCUACCAUGUCGCCCCCAUCUUCUGGAUCAACAAUAAAAGGUGAAGUGACCACUCCAGGUAGUGGACAUCCAUCUACCAUGUCGGUACUAUCUUCCGGUUCAAUAACUGAAGGCGGAGUGACCACUCCAGCUAUAGAGCAUACGUCCACAGUAUCUGCACAAUCUUCAGAAACUACAACUAAGAAGGAACUGGUCACUCCACCUAAAGGACAGCCAUCUACUGUGUCUGUAACAUCUUCUGGAUCAACAACUACAAGAGAAAUGAGCACUUCAAACGGAGAAGCAUCAACAGCAAAAAAGGGAUUGACCACGCCAGCUAAAGGACAAACCUCUGCAAUUUAUAUACCCACUUCGAAGACUACAAUUAGUGCAGAGCAGACCACAGCAUCUGAAGGACAAACUUCCAGAGUCUCUGUGUCUGGUCUUGUAACACCAGCUGAAAAUUUGGAACAGUCCACUCCAGGUAAAGGCCAAACCUCAACUGCAUCUGUACCAUCUUCUGGAUCAACAAUGAAAGGCGAAGUGACCACUCCAGGUAGUGGAAAUCCAUCUACCAUGUCGCCACCAUCUUCUGGAUCAACAAUGAAAGGUGAAGUGACAUCUCCAGGUAGUGGACAUCCAUCUACCAUGUCGCCACCAUCUUCUGGAUCAACACCUGAAGGCAGAUUGACCACACCAGGUAGUGGACAGCCAUCUACUGUGUCUGUAACAUCUUCUGGAUCAACAACUACAAGAGAAAUGAGCACUUCAAACGGAGAAACUUCAACAGCAAAAGAGGAAAUGACCACUCCAGCUAAAGGACAAACCUCUGCAAUUUAUAUACCCACUUCUAAGACUACAAUUAGUGCAGAGAAGACCACAGCUUCUGAAGGACAAACUUCCAGAGUUCCUGUGUCUGGUCUUGUUGUAACUCCAACUGAAAAUUUGGAACAGUCCACUCCAGGUAAAGGCCAAACCUCAACAGCAUCUGUACCAUCUUCUGGAUCAACAAUGAAAGGCGAAGUGACCACUCCAGGUAGUGGACAUCCAUCUACCAUGUCACCACCAUCUUCUGGAUCAACAAUGAAAGGCGAAGUGACCACUCCAGGUAGUGGACAUCCAUCUACCAUGUCGCCCCCAUCUUCUGGAUCAACAACUGAAGGCAGAGUGACUACUCCAGGUAGUGGAAAUCCAUCUACCAUGUCGCCACCAUCUUCUCGAUCAACAAUGAAAGGUGAAGUGACCACUCCAGGUAGUGGACAUCCAUCUACAGUGUCUGUACCACCUUCUGGAUCAACAAUGAAAGGUGAAGUGACCUCUCCAGCUAGUGGAAAUCCAUCUACCAUGUCGCCACCAUCUUCUGGAUCAACAAUAAAAGGUGAAAUGACCACUCCAGGUAGUGGACAUCCAUCUACCAUGUCGCCACCAUCUUCUGGAUCAACUGAAGGGGGAAUGACCACUCCAUCUAAAGGACAAACAUCUACAGUAUCUAUACCAUAUUCUGGAUCAACAAGAAAGGGUGCGAUGACCACUCCAGCUAGUGGACAUCCAUCUACCAUGUCGGUACUAUCUUCUGGUUCAAUAACCGAAGGCGGAGUGACCACUCCAGCUAUAGAGCAUACGUCCACAAUAUCUACACAAUCUUCAGAAACUACAACUAAGAAGGAACUGGUGACUCCACCUAAAGGACAGCCAUCUACUGUGUCUGUAACAUCUUCUGGAUCAACAACUACAAGAGAAAUGAGCACUUCAAACGGAGAAACAUCAACAGCAAAAGAGGAAAUGACCACUCCAGCUAAAGGACAAACUUCUGCAAUUUAUAUACCCACUUCUAAGACAAUUAGUGCAGAGCAGACCACAGCAUCUGAAGGACAAACUUCCAGAGUUCCUGUAUCUGCUCUUGUUGUAACUCCAACUGAAAAUUUGGAACAGUCCACUCCAGGUAAAGGCCAAACCUCAACAGCAUCUGUACCAUCUUCUGGAUCAACAAUGAAAGGCGAAGUGACCACUCCAGGUAGUGGACAUCCAUCUACCAUGUCGCCACCAUCUUCUGGAUCAACUGAAGUUGGAGUGACCACUCCAUCUAAAGGACAAACAUCUACAGUAUCUGUACCACCUUCUGGAUCAACAAUAAAAGGUGAAGUGACCACUCCAGGUAGUGGUAAUCCAUCUACCAUGUCACCACCAUCUUCUGGAUCAACAAUGAAAGAAGUGACCACUCCAGGUAGUGGACAUCCAUCUACCAUGUCGCCCCCAUCUUCUGGAUUAACAAUAAAAGGUGAAAUGACCACUCCAUCUAAAGGACAAACAUCUACAGUAUCCGUACCAUAUACUGGAUCAACAACGAAAGGUGAAACAACCAGUGCAGCUAAUGCACAAUCUUCAAAGUCUACAGUUGAAGGCCAACUGACCACUCCAGGUAAAGGAACAGAAUCUACACUAUCUGUACCAUCUUCAGGAUCAACAACUAAAGGUGAAAUGACCACACCAGGUACAGGGACUCUAUCUACUGUAUCUACUUUAUCUUCUGGAUCAACUACAAUGGAAAGUAAAGUGACCACUCCAGCUAAAGCACAACCAUCUACAAUGUCUGCGUCUUCUUCUAAACUUACUUUUAGUGAAGAAGAAUCCACAGCACCUGAAGGACAAACUUCAUCAACCUCCACGUCUGUUCGUAGUGUAUCACCAGGUGAAAUUCUGGAACGAAGCACAGUAUCUAAAGGAGGUGUAUCUACAGUAUUUGUACCUACUAAUCAAGGCACAUCAAGUGCUGUCGGUCUGACCACUCCAGCUAAAGGAAAGCCUUCCACUGUUAACAUACCUCCUACCAAAGUUACCGUUAAUGAGAUUAUGACCACUGCAUCUACUUCAGACUUUUGGAGCUUGUGGACGUCUUGGUCUGACUGUUCUGUAAAAUGCGGCGAAGGAAUUCAAAGACGUAACAGGACUUGUAUUUACGUUUCGGAUACGACGGAUGUGCGUGGUUGCCAUGGGAAAAACCUGGAACUGAAAUAUUGCACCAGGAAGGAGUGUGUGUGUAUAUUCACUGCUGAUACAUUCAGGAAAGAAUUUGGUUAUGAUGAUUUCAAUCCCUUCGGCUGGAUUGAAAAAGAUGGGAAACCAGGGAAGACAUCCGAGGAGGAAGUUGUUUAUUUUAACGACAAAAUAGAACAAGGGGUUAUUGUAAAUAUUGACUGCAACAAUUGUACUUGCGCAAAAGGAGAAAUAACUUGCACCAAAACCAGAUGUACAGAAACGGGUUGUAAAUAUGGCGAAUGGACUGACUGGUCAACUUGUUCGAAAACCUGUGACAAUGGAAUCAAGAAACGACAUAGAAUUAAGUCCUUCCACACAGGAUCUGAAUCAUGUACUGAAGCCACAGAGGAAAUAGUCAACUGUAAUAUUAAAGUCUGCACCAAUAACUGGGUCCCAUGGUCACCAUGGAGCGUUUGCAGCACUAAUGUAGCCUGCAUGUCUGGGAAACAAAUCAGAGCAAGGGAAUGUGUCACCGAGAAUGGACAGCUGCCAAGUUCAGGAUGUGACGGAAGUAAAUUACAAAGUAAAAUAUGUGAGAACGACUGCUCAGAAAUUCCUGAAUGUUCCGAAGGGAAAGUGUGGACAGAAUGCAAAACCAAGAAUAGAAACUGUCCUGUCACUUGUGCUGAUGUCCGCUUGCCAAACAGUUGUGUGGAAACGGAAGAAUGCGAACCCGGCUGUCGUUGCCCAGAAGGACAAGUUGAGUACAACAACGAAUGUGUCAAUGCUUCCAGUUGUCCAUGUUUUGAUGAGGAUAGAAACAUCCGAUUGCCAGGGUUCGAAGUUCCCACUUCGAAUGUGUGUCAGAAAUGCAUAUGCCAAGAAAAUGGAAUGAUAGAGUGUACCAAACGAGAACAAUGCUGUGCUUUGCUGCCUUGGAGCUCUUGGAGUGUCUGUCACACUUCUUGUGGAAAAGGAAUCAGGAAAAGAUUCAGAACAAUUGAUGAGAAAAUUUCUUCCGGCUGCAAUUCUACGAACGUGACAGAGGAGGCUGACUGUUUCGUCAUUGAUUGCAUCCCUGAAUGCCGAGUCAAUGAUAAGAACUAUCGAAAUGAUGAAGUGAUCAAUACAACCGAAUGUGAGACGUGCCAUUGUCAAAAUAACAAAGCUCGCUGCAGUAAGAUACCUCUAUCAAUAGUUGAUGGUAACUGGACCGAGUGGAGUGAGUGGUCCGAAUGCAGCUCCAGCUGUUCAAAUGGGAUCCGAAUGAGAGAAAGAACAUGCUCGAAUCCUUUACCGAAAUGUAGUGGUGCCGUUUGUGACGGCGAAAACACACAGCAAGAAUCCUGUAACGGGGAAGUGCCUUGCUGCACCGUGUUAAGUUGGUCAAACUGGACAGAGUGUUCUAAAUCUUGCGACAUGGGUCAAAAGGUCAGAACUAGAGAACUGUUACCAGAAUUUUCAUCUUCCGACUGUUCUGUUGAACUGAAACAGGCAAAGGCAUGUAACACAGAUAAGUGUUUGUCUGAUUGCAAUAUAACACAGUGGUCACCCUGGUCACCUUGCUCUGUAACUUGUGGCCUUGGUAGAAAAGUGAGAGAAAGAAGCAUUAUAGAAAAUCGAAAGGAAGACUGUCCGACCAAUUUAAUGGACACAGAAGAAUGUAACGAAAUGAACUGCAACUGUAAGGAGAAUGAAAUCUGGAAAGAAGAAUACUGUGAACAUUCCUGUUCUAAUAUGUUUGGAAAGUCAACAUGCAAGGUGAAUUCUUGCGCGUGUAAGGAUAAUUUCUAUCGUGCACUGAAUGGAUCGUGUGUUGCUCAAAGCAAAUGCAAAAUUUGUUUUGUUAACGAUGAACCAAAACAGCCAAAGGAUAUUUGGAUAAACCCUGAAGACAACUGCGAAUUAUGCGAGUGUGUGAAUGGAAAAACCCUUUGCCACCGUGUCUGUGAAAUCAAAACAUGUUUACCAGAUGAAGAAUUGUCCUAUGACGUUCCAAACCAAUGCUGUCCAAGAUGCGUGAAAAAACAAUCCCGUUGUACCCUGAAGUCCAAGAUGGAGCACUUGCUCAAUCCUUUGACCGAGUGUAAAUCCGUGGAGAAGAUCAUGUACCAUUAUUGCGAAGGCAAUUGCGGACUCAGUUCCGUGUUACCGUUAUUGAUGAAUGGAAACGAAGGCCCUGGAACUCAGAAAAACUGUACCUGUUGCCAAGGGAAACCAAGCGAACCAAUUCCUGUACAGAUGGUGUGUGGUUCCAAUGAAGUGGAACAAACAGGGUUUUAUGUGAAUAUGAUGAGUUGUAAAUGUCAAGAAUGUUCAGAAAUUUGAACGUCUUACUCCCAAUAUCCCAGAAUGCAUCAGACAAAUAAUAUACGGAAAUGGAAUCAUUUGCCACUACCAGAAAUCAUUUAAUUCAUACUGUUGAUUGUAAAUAAUUGUGAAUAUCUAUAGAAACCAAUCAUUCUUUCAAUAAAAUUUUCCACAACUC